AUGAAUAUGGCGGGUGAAAUGACGGGUGAAUGGCCUAGAGGCCCUCUUGCCCAAAAAAUGGGUCUCAUAUAUCCUUCACAAUUCUCAGUGGUGAGACUUGAGCAUAUUAUAACCUGCAGGAUGAAAAAGAGGAAGAGUUCAGGAAGUAGCAUUGGUUGGUUGAGUUUGCGACCCAGCAGGUCCUUGUGGGUUCGAUGGAGAGCUUGCGGGUGGUUUACCCUUUGGCUUCUUUUUGGGUGGUUUUGGUUUUUUUUUCUGGUUAAUUUUGGGUGCUUUUACAUCGUUCUCACCUUUAUGAGAAUUCUGGUUGGAUUGUUGGCCGGAUUGCUCACCAGAAACCAGGUCUUUGUUGGGUUGCGGUGCUUUGUUUCCUUGCUUAGCAGUUCCUGGAGCAUUUUGAGGAGCCUUGGGUUUCUUUUUCUUCUUCUUUUUCUCGACAAUUUUUGGAUCGUUAGGUUCUUUCAGUACAUCUUUGUCUUUUGGAGUUUUUGGUUUCUUGGAUUUCUUUUUGGGCUUCUUGGUGGUUUCCUUUGUAUCCUUGUCCUUCUCGGAGCUCUUAUUUUUAGCCUUUUGGUCGGUGUUUUGGUUUUUAGCUUUGGGUUUCUUUUGCUUCUUGGGUGCUUUAAACAGAUACGACUCAGUCUUUCCAUCCAAAAACGCCACAAACCGCUGAAACUGUGCAAGCUGCUCAAUUGUCUUCUUCUUCUUCCUCUCCUUGAGUAUCGUUCGAGGAACAGCAGCAUACUCUUUAUUCUCGUACAAUGCCUUUCCUAUUAUUGGAACACUUGCACCGUUCAGUUCCCCGUCUGA